UCCGUCACGAUCGCGUCAGCUGGCUUGUGUAGCUACCCUACCACUUUUUCUUCGUCUUCUUCUCCGACCCGAUCGUGCGUGUGUCAGCCUGUCGACGGCAGCCGACGCGACAGCGAGUCGCUUGAGACGGUUCAGUCGCUUCUCUUAUCGUGCGAAAUGUCGAUCGUUAAAGAUCGAUAAAGGAAAUGUGCCUUCUUCUAUGUCUGGAACGUAGAAUCGAUCGGUGGAAAAAGCCAGAUUAAGGAUACAGUGAAUGGUACUUGCGAGUACUGCAGUGUUAUCCAAAUCGAUCCGCGCGAUCGAUUCGCGGAUUGGUAAUGCGUCCGCACGUAGUGCAUCGUCGUAUUAUGCGAGUGAUCAGAUCGUUGUGAAGAAAUCGAUCGCGAAGAAAUCAAAGUGAUCGGAUAAUAAUGAUUUAAAAAUCGUAUCAUUUGAUCAAAAAUCAUCACAAUGAGCGUCAAGCGAAAAGUGUUUAGCGCCCUGGACAGGCUCGUUAAGUGUAAUUGUAUGAUCAUGCGCUCGAUGUUCUUGUGGUAUCUCGCGUUUCUGCCGUGCGUGAUGGAGGCCACCUAUCCAGGGAUAUGCGCCAUGGACGGCUGCAAAUGCACACCUAAGGCGGUGCGCUGGGUCAGCGUCAAGUGCGUCUUCACAAAGGAACAGAAUGUUGAACUGUUGGAGGGAAUCAUUCCACCGGACGCGACAGAACUCGAGGUCUCUCACUGCCGAGAACUGAGAAUACACGCAGGCGCGUUUGACGGCGGAGUGCCGUUGAAACGCGUCUACGUCUCGAGGAUUCACAGCGUGGUCGCGAAAAGACAGGCCUUUCAAAAUAUCAGUACGCCUAACACGCACAUCGAGGUGUCGGAAUGCGACAGCGUGUUUUUGGAAAGCCACGCCUUCCGGAAUACUCGCGGCACUGUGAGCAUUUCGAUAUCGCGAUGCAAACACGUGGAAAUAAAGCCGAACGCUUUUUCGUGGCUGUUGUGGAUCGCGGUGAAGGAAGUCCCAUCCUUGGAGCUCUCCAGCAACGCGUUCAAGUUCGAAAUGACUCACCAUGGACGACAUGGACCAGCGACCAAGAUAAUGUUCCAAAACGUGAGGAUCGCGGAGUUACCUAAGGCGGUGUUUCCUUCGGCUGUCGCGGAGAUUCGUAUGGACAACAUCAAGACGAAGGUCAUACGUAAAGAUGCUUUCUGCGCGAUGACCAUAUUCAACGUGAUUAUCAGCAACGCGACCAUCGAGGAUAUUCAAACCGGCGCCUUCAGCGACAGAGCACUCAUUCACAGCCUUGAGUUCGUCGAUGUAGAACUUAAAAAUAUCAACACGGCAGCUUUCAGAGCCGGCCACGAUAAUUUGACAAUUCAAUAUUCAAGAUUGUCCGAGGUGAGCACCGGUGCCAUCAACAUUUCAGCAGCAACCGUCACCUUUAGCAACAACGCGUUCGAAUACCUGCGCCAUGGUUCGAUAGUGCUGGACCUGUGGAAUCACAUUGCGAUCGAUCACAAUCUAUUCGCGAAUCUGGAGAACGACGCUAUCAAGGCAGAGGUGGGUGCCGCUAACGCGUCCAACUUCGAAUUCUCUUUCACGGGCAAUCAUAUAUACAAAGCAUCGCCGGGAUCGCUCAGAUUCGCGGCAAUCUCACAGAGCGUAAACUCGGCGCGUGUCGGCAACAAUUAUUUCAAAGAGCAAUGCAGUUGCAAUCUCGAGAACUGGGUACGCCAAAUGACGGGACGCAACAGCUCUGUCUCGUGGAUGAUGGACUCUAGUUAUUGCAUGGUUGACAAGCACUUAGACAGGUGCUUUAAUCUGCCAGAGGGCUACAUGCCCAUGGGGAACUUCACAAAACUCAUCUGCGCGCAACGCCACGAUGUCGUCAAAUGCGAGAAGCCGUCGCCUAAGCCGGAGCCGAGCGUUAGUCCACCCAGUGUGGGUCCUCACAUCUAUCCGAAACAAAAAGGAUUCUUCGACAUGGAGAUGAACGAAUCGGAGCAGUUGGAACAUGCCAAAAGAAUCAUCGUCAUCGUCUUUGUCGUGGCGGUCUUUAUUGUUCUAGUGGUGAUUUUGACUGCGGGAAUUCUCUACAUGCGCCGCCGUGGCGUGUGUCCUAAAUUGACGUCCUAUCCAUUGAUGACUCUCACAAACUGGUUUUCAUCCAGCAACGGUGUAACUGCCGCGACGUCCGCCAGGUCAAUCUCAAGGCUGAGCGUUUCUGAAUACGCUGGUCUCCAACCAGAGACUAGAAUUCUCGAAGUAGAACCUCAAGCAGAAGCUACCGAAGAUGACGACGAGAACGAUCUUUAUUCGUACACGGAGAACAAAGCCACGCAGACGUUACCAGAAGAACUGACAGAGGAGUAUCUGCAGGAUCUUCGGGAGCGAUUAAACGAUCCUAAUAAUUAUAGUCAGGCAAGAGACAUGAUCGAACAUCUGUAUGAUCUUAUCAAGGUCGAGGAGAGUUGUAACAACAACAACGACCGGCAACCGGCGAGCGAUCGAGAAGAGAACGCGUAUGACGUGAUCCGGCCGAUCAGAAGACCCCGGAGAACGAUCAGGCCAUCCAUCACCGUCGGCACGAAAGCGCCAUCCUUGGAGAAACUUCUGCCGAGCGGAAUACAGGCUAGACCGCUCAUCACGGAGUACGCGGAACCGCGCGAUCAGCGGACCAACGAUCAGAAUCACCUGUACGCCGAGUUACCGGGUGACGAAACAAUGCCUAGUACCAGCAGGCUGUCGCAACCGAUUUUGGAAAGUUUAAUCGGAAGAGCACCGCAGCCACUGCCACCAGAUGUGGUGAACGAUCACCUCGUCAACGGCAGCGAUCGAGUUUCAAAAAAUUACUGUUACGACGAUUUCAAAUCUCCGCAGAGCUCGAAGUCGGAUUCAACUGACAGAAAUCAGCCUGGUAGGCCAGUAAACUUCUUUAAGGCUCUGGGCGAGACCAUCCUGGGUAGCAAAAUAAGCAACAAGAGGCCAAACUCAUUACUGUGUGAAUACGCCGAGCCGUCCGACGCGGCCGCUCAUCUGUAUUUGGAACUGCCAGAGGUCCAACAAACGUCCGCGACCACCAGCAAGAUGGCCAAUCGACCGUUGCCUACGAAACCCGAUCAGGAUUCCGUAGCUGCAAACGCAACCAAAGCGUAGCGGCGCUUAUUGUCUGUGAUAUAUGUUUUAUGCAUUGUUGAGAGCAAAGACUAAUGUUUCUCUUCUUCCUUUUGCCGACCGUGUGAAGAAAGUGUUCGUUACAUAUAUGCGUGUGUUGAGCGGUUGCAUAAGAGAACAAGGCGAGUCACUCUUAACUGCGAAAGGGUGUGUGUGCCACAAAAGUGAAGAGAAAAUAUGUCGGAAAUUAGUGCGUACAUAAAGCUCGAUCGAGCUUAGGUGCACGUGUUGCAAACGAGGUGUCUCUUCUUUCAAGCUGUGCGUGAAUAAAUCCUUGUUGAAACAAUCGUAUACACACAACCAGUUGUGUUAUCUGAACGAUUUCGUUUUCGUUAUAAAUAAUCGACCAAAGUCAGGCUUUACGCAAAACUGCUGCAGCGUGUGCCAAAAUGGAUGCAUCUUACGCUUGCAAAUGAUAUAUAGUGGUAAUUCAAUGGACUUACUUACUGUGAGUGAUUUAGUAAGUCGUUGAAAAAUAUCACGACAAAGAGAAUUUAACAAUUUAUUUAUAAUUAUUUUCAAGAGAGAUGACUGUAAAUUCAUAUUUAAAGUAUUUAAAAAAAUUCAAUCGAAAAGAGAAUAUAACAUUGUUUUUUAAUAUUUGUAAUUAACUAUUUAUACAAAAGAUAUAAACAAAGAAAUACAAAAAUUAUUUUUUAUUACACCAAAUUAUAAAGCUCGUGAAAUGUUCCACUAAGUAUUAGUAGGGCAAUACGAGUCAAUAUGUAAUUAUACACAAAAAAUUUGAACGAAGAAAUACAAAAGUUGUUUUUUAUUAUUUGUAACUUGUUAAAUUAAUUAAUUUGUGACAUUUUAUAACACUUUUAAAGGAUAAAGUUGCAAACAAUAAAUAACGUGUCUACCUUCCACAAUUACACUUCCUGCACCAAUCCGUUAUUGACUUGAUUCGAACAACAUUGAAGCUCGCGCAGAAACACGGAAUAUCCUCGGUUUGUUUCCAGCAAUCAAUCCGUUUGAAUGGGCGAUAAAACACACCACAUGGGGGUCCAACAAUCUCAGACCACCUUUCGGAUUCGCUCGAACAAGUAUCUCUCGUUUGAGAUAACGCGCGCGCGCCGGUGUCCAAGAGGAAACCGUAUCCCAAUUCACAAAGUACUUAUUCGUAAGUUCACCGAGCGCACAUCGAUUUCUCCUAUCUAAAUCUCUCAUGUUCAAAGUGCCCCACGCUGCGCUCUCGUCGUCUUAUCUCGAAGAAAUUUUACGAUUCAAGUAGUUUUCACUAGACGUGGCCUCUCACUCGCUACUCGGGAACGCUUUCGGGUUCAGGGUUCGUCACGCGGUUAUUCGUUCUU